AUGUAUCUGUUUAUUUUCUUCUACCUCUUAAUGAGUUUUUUUGAAGAAGUUCAUGGCUUUUGUCCUUCACAAUGCACUUGCGUUUACCAUGGCAGAAGUGAUGGCACUGGACAAAGGUCUGUACUCUGUAAUGACCCUGACAUGUAUGAGAUCCCUGUGAAUGUUCCUGUGGAUACUGUGAAACUCCGUAUAGAGAAAACUGUCAUACGAAGGAUUCCGACUGAAGCCUUCUACUACCUGGUAGAUCUCAAAUACCUGUGGGUCACUUACAACUGUGUAGACAUUGAUAUCAGCAGCUUCUAUAACUAACAACUGCAUGAGCUGAGGCUGGAUGGUAAUCUGCUUUCACUUUUCCCGUGGGAAUCCCUGGCAGAGAUGCCCAAUUUACGGACUCUCGAUCUUCACAACAACAAACUGACCAGCAUUCCUGCUGACGCUGGCCGAUAUCUGAGAAACCUGACCUACCUGGACCUAUCCAGCAACAAACUGACCACCUUGCCAUCAGACCUCAUGGACAUUUGGCCCCCCUUUUCAGGAGCUAUCGCUGGGGUUUUUUAACUACCUCCCACUAGAACCAUCCUUGGAAUGUUUUCAGACAACCCAUGGUUUUGUGACUGUCGCAUUUCAAAGCUAAUUGAAUUUUCCAAAAUUGUGGACACCUCUGUUGUACUUCUUGAUCCUUUGGUUUCAUGUAGUGGACCUGAGAGCCUGGCAGGAAUUUUGUUCCAGAGAGCUGAGUUAGAGCAGUGUCUUAAACCAUCUGUGAUGACCUCAGCAACAAAAAUCACCUCCCCGCUGGGCAGCAAUGUCCUACUACGCUGUGAUGCCACAGGGUACCCAACACCACAGCUCACCUGGAAUAGGUCAGACAAUAUUCCAGUGAACUAUACAGUAAUUCAAGAAACUCCUGGAGAGGGUGUCAGAUGGUCCAUAAUGAGCUUGACGGGAAUUUCAUACAAGGACGCAGGAGAAUACAGAUGUAAAGCCAAGAACUUGGCAGGAAUGUCAGAAGCUGCUGUGACUGUCACAGUGGUUGGUGUAAUUACUACAACUGUGUCACCACAGAAGUAUGGGAAGAAGCCAGAGGCUGAGAGGCAGAAUAUAACUCAGGAGGAAUCCAAGCUGGAAUCCGAGCAGACAGCCACACCUCUUCCCACCACACCAACCACCACAGCUCUGGCUAGCACUGAAAGAUCAACUAGCAUGACAUUUACUGACAAAAAGCAAUCCAGGCUCAUGUUAGAUGGAAAGAAAAGUUUCAAGGCAGUGUCAAAUGGAAGCAAAAAGCAGAUUGGAGAUUUAAGCAAGAAAGGUGAAGAUACUUCAUUGAAUACAGCAGGUACAGUUGAGCAAAAUGUUGCUGUGAAGAACCUAAGAGUGAUCAGUGAAACUGAUGAAAGAGUGACCUUAACUUGGAAAACUGUGAAUGCCACAGGCAAUUCUGCUGUGACUGUGUUGUACUCCAAGUAUGGUGAGAAAGAUAUGUUGCCUCUCAGCACUGAUUCUAACAAAAACAAAGUCACAAUCGAUGGUUUGCAACCUAGUACUCAAUAUAUGGCAUGUGUGUCACCCAAAGGCAUGCCACCUACAAAAGAGCAGUGUGUUGUUUUCUCUACAGAUGGGUUAAAUGAUGAAAGCAGCUCUGAGUUUUCUAUUCUGAUAGUGACCAGCAGUGCAGCAUGCGUGGUUGUUUUACCUUUGAAUAUUUUCUUACUCUACAUUUUAAAACUUCAUUUGAAACCAAAAUCUGCAAAGGAAGCUGAACUUGCAAAAGAGACUUAUGUGCAAUUUGAAACUCUGUCACUGAAGCCUCGAACACUGGGUGCAGGUGACCAGCUCUGGGCACGAAGGUACACAGAUGAGUCAGAAAGACUUCUGCUUUGCUCUAGAUCAAGCAUGGAUUCUCAAAUGACCUUUAAAAGUGAGGGCUCCAGAUCUGAGUAUCUGUGCUGA